AUGGCGGACCAACAGAUUGUUUUCACCAAGGACGCCCCUUUCCCUGUCGGCCCUUACUCCCAGGCCAUCAAGACCCCCUCGGCCAUCUACUGCUCCGGCCAGAUUCCCCUCACUGCUGAGGGCACCUUGGUUGAGGGCUCCAUCGCCGACAAGACCAAGCAGUGCUGCCAGAACCUCGAGGCCGUCCUGAAGGAGGCUGGUUCUUCCAUCGCCAGGGUUGUCAAGUGCAACAUCUUCAUCUCUGAUAUGGCCCAUUUCGCCGAGAUGAACUCUGUCUACGAGAAAUGGUUCGCACACAAGCCUGCUCGCAGCUGCGUCGCCGUCAAGACCCUCCCCAAGAACGUUGAUGUCGAGAUUGAGGCCAUCGCCCUCCCUUAA